UCAGACAUAUUAAACCAUCCAACAUAUCAGAUCUACGGAUUUCGUUGUUUGAAGACUGAGGCACUAACUUUCUUCGGAGGAAAAUCAACAGCAGGUUAGACAGCCCCGCUUUGAUUUGGCCAUGCAGAGCAUUUCAUCAUCUAUUAACCAGCAGCGAUCAGGGUCAGUGCGUAAAGGCGCACACGGUUUCAUCAUUAAACUCGAGCGGCUCGGUCAGCUCCAGCUUGAUGGCUGUUUAUUUUACUUUAAUCUGACAUCUUCCUGCGUUCCUCUCCUAAUCACAACUAUAGGGUCGCUCAGUCUUUUAACCUAAACAUGGAUUUAAUGAAGAGGUUUAUAUCCUGAACAUUCAACAGGCAAUGACGGCAUUUCGACAAUAAAAUGGGCUUAAACAAGCAUUUUAAUAAGAUUACAAUGGUUUAAUGGCCUAUACUCAACUCAGCAGUAGCUCUCAUGAAACAGGGGGAGAAUAUUUCAGGGAAACAGUUUUAAGCAAAAAGGUGUUUAGAGCCACCCAGGAAAUAAUUCUAGAUAUUUAGCUGUUCAGACAAUCCUUACAAUUAAACUGGACGAGAAGAACUGUUUUUGGACACUGACCCGUUCCCAGAACCUUUUGUCUUUAGGAGCCUUUAGCUCUAAACGCCUAAUCAACAACUUGUUUUACCUCAUCAUUUCCAUCGGUAAUGAUUUUCUAAUGCAACCUCUAGUCAAACGAGCAUAUUAAGAGGACACUGAUUAACUUGGUUAGUGCACCAUGGCAGCCGAGCGUCGAGGGAGAAGGCAGCAAUUACAGGCUGCUUCUUAACUGCUGUUUCAUGGAGGACAAACGGCGUCAUUCUCUCUAAAGUGAACAUGAGCCAAGUCGCUUUCUGGAUGCCAGAGGAACGAUCUGACUUAUUUAGUCCAUUUCCCAAGAUGUCUUGUAAUUAAAGCUUGAAACAAACGAAACCGCCUUAAAAAGAGGAAAAUAUCUCCCAUAGCUGAAUGUUUGGCCCCGUGCGUGGCAAUAAGAACAAGGCAAUUACCUGAUUAAAUGACAUGUGAGAUAAACAAGCUGUAAUCCACCAGUAAAAAAACUCUUUUUUCACUGGGGGAUUUUGUCAGCACUUAGAUCAUUGUAGGUGUAAGUGAACGUAUAUUAAAACACAUGAUUAUUAUUAUUAUUAUUACUAUUAGGAUGUUAUUUCUAGUACAGGAUGGAAAUAUCAGGAUGGAAAAGGGGGAAACUGCUAAAAAGUAAUGUCCAUAUUUAUUCCUUUUGGUCGAUCACAUUUUGGACCGGGAGGGAAAUAAAUUAAUAGAAUUUUGAAAUAAAACAAUUUAGGUUGGUGGAGAAAAAGAAACUUGAUUCCAGUUUUAUCAAGAUGAAUCUGACUCAGCGGAAACGAUUACUACAAAAGGCUAAAGUAAAUUAUUAAUAAUAUUAAUAAUAAAAGAGUUGGCUGUGAAAUAUACAUCUAGGUUGAAGUCAAACUAAAUUAUUUGACUACACGCACCUCCUCCUGUUUUGCAGUUCAAGCUUAUUUCAGGGUAAAACCGUGAUAAUUGUACAUGUGCUUAGUGGUUGGCACAGUAAAAAGUUUCAUCUUUGGACGCUCAAGGUGAAAAGAGGCCUGCAUGUUACUGGAACCCAUGAAAAAUCCCACUUGUAUCCGCAGACAAUUUCUUGAACUUUUUUGGACAUACGAGCUGCAGAUAUUGACACUACACAAAAACGACUGGACCUGCUGGAAGCGAGUGGAUCUCUCUCCCCCACGGGCAGAAUGUUUCCCCUUUAGAAACCCAGAUAUUAAGGGUGGACAUGACGCACAAUGACCCAUUAAUUGGAGCCCACGUUUUCUCAGCGUGUCUCUGUAACCAAGCUGCUCGGUCUCGUGUGAUCUAUGAAGCAGGUACUUGAGGAGACCCAUUGGCAGGUGCUGUGGUCCAAUCAGCUCAUUCCCUUCACAGCGUCAACACAAGGAGAGUUGGAGGCACUUAACUUAGUGCGCACUUGUGCACAGAAACCCCGAGUGCGCACAGACUCCAUGGAUCAAAGCAAUUUGCAGCACUGUUGAGUUUUGUAGCUGUAUCUCCGCUGGACAGGCACACCCUCAGUCUUUGAUCACCAUGCAUCUCUGAGCAGGAGGAUACCUUUUCCAACAAGAGGACGGUCAAAGACUGAACACUUUCUUUUGGUAUUGGUUGCUGUUGCUAUCAAGAGAUGAUGUUUUCGUCUGCAGGCAAGCGCUGCUUCACGAUAGAGUCUCUGGUUGCCAAAGAGAACCCUCUCACAGCCGACGAUCCCAUCUGUCCCACGGCUCUGAGUUACUCCAACCCGACCACAGACGCCUUAAUGAACGGUUACCAGGCUCCGCCGGCCAGGUCCCUCUACCAGAGCCCCGAGCUGGUGUUCCCAGAGACGGUAAGCCACCCGUCCCUCACCGUGGCUCCUCACCAGCUCGGAGGCCCCCACCUACAGCAUCCGCACUUCUUCGGGACGCAACACCGAGACCCGCUCAACUUCUACCCCUGGGUCCUACGGAACAGGUUCUUUGGACACAGAUUUCAAGGUAACGACGUCUCCCAGGACAGCCUGCUCCUCCACGGUCCUUUCGCCAGGAAGCCCAAACGCAUCCGGACGGCCUUCUCGCCCUCCCAGCUGCUCCGCCUGGAACGAGCCUUCGAGAAGAACCACUACGUCGUCGGAGCCGAGAGGAAGCAGCUGGCGAACAGCCUGAGUUUAUCUGAAACACAGGUGAAAGUGUGGUUCCAGAACAGGCGAACCAAGUACAAGCGACAGAAGCUGGAAGAGGAGGGACCAGAGAGCCAGCAGAAGAAGAAGGGAAGCCACCACAUCAACAGAUGGCGCAUCGCAACCAAGCAGGCCAGUUCCGAGGACAUCGACGUGACCUCAGAGGACUAAACCCGCAGUAUGCCCCCUUCUGACUCAGAGUACCAACUCUAUUUAUUAUGUAAUAUUAUUAAGUAUAAUUCGACACAUUAGAGGAAGACUAAGUACGUGAUCGCCACACAUCUCUUCAUUGUGGUGCUAUACUCGGAAACACUGGAAAAAAUAAUUUAAAGACAUCCAUUGUGAAGGAGAGCUCCUUCAACCUGAAGAUCUUUGGUGCGUGACAACCAAAGAGGAACAGAAACAACGUCAACCUCUGUCAUAGUGCUUUGUUUUUGUUUUAACUGUACAUAGGCCACUUGUAAGGAUUGUUUUUGAAAAAAGCUAUUUGUUUCAUUAAAGCUCCUUUUCCCACCUGGUUAGGUCAUUAUCACCUCAUUCCUCACCCCACUCACCCUGCCACCUGGCACCAUGUUCUUUUAUAUGUCUCCUCAUUGCAGUUGUACACUUGUGAUCCAACCACUGAGCGGGAGAGCAGGCUGGUGACUGGCUGCCAGAAAAACAAACCAUGUGUCAAAGAAGAAGCUUGUCCCUGUAUGAUUUUAACGUUCAUGACUCAAGAAGCAUUCCAGUGCUCUGCUAUGCUAUGCUUCCUAAUGAAGAUUCCCCACAUAAGGCUAAUUCAUGGCCAGCUGUGCACGACUCUUGGACAGAUGAGAAGCUGCAGAGAGCUCUGGUGUUAGGGGCGAGUUGUGCCACAUAAAGAAACUGAGUUGACAACUUGGUGCCUCUUCUGCCAUGCUACCUUUAUCACUGUGGGGUGAGGGGUGACCUCCAUUUGUGAAAUGUCUGCAGA